AUGAAGCGGCUAGACUCAGUAGACUUGGAGAAGCUGAAGAUGACUGGAGCAGGGCGAGCCAUGGCGGUGCUGACCAGCGGGGGAGAUGCACAAGGAAUGAAUGCUGCCGUGCGGGCUGUCACCAGAAUGGGAAUCUAUGUAGGGGCCAAGGUCUAUCUAAUUCAUGAGGGGUACCAGGGUCUGGUGGAUGGAGGGGAUAACAUCACACUCGCUCACUGGCACAGUGUGACCAAUAUCAUUCAAUUAGGUGGAACUGUGAUAGGUAGUGCCAGAUGCAAAGCCUUCACGACCCACGAGGGGAGACUUUCAGCUGCUUUCAACUUGGUCCAAAGAGGCAUCGCCAACCUGUGUGUGUGUGGAGGAGAUGGCAGUCUCACUGGGGCUAAUAUUUUCCGCAGUGAGUGGAGCAGCUUGCUCCAGGAGCUGGUUGAGAAAGGGAGAAUUGCAGAAACGGUGGCCCAACAGUAUAGUUAUCUUAACAUUGUGGGGCUGGUGGGCUCUAUUGACAAUGACUUCUGUGGCACUGACAUGACCAUUGGAGCUGACUCUGCACUGCACCGCAUCAUGGAGAUAGUUGAUGCUAUAAUGACCACAGCUCAAAGCCACCAGCGUACCUUUGUUCUGGAGGUCAUGGGACGCCACUGUGGGUAUUUGGGUUUAGUGUCAGCGCUGGCAUCAGGAGCGGACUGGCUGUUCAUACCAGAGGUCCCUCCUCAAGAGGGAUGGGAGGACCGUAUGUGUGCUCGGCUGGAGGCAAGUCGCACUGGAUCUAGACUCAACAUCAUAAUUGUUGCAGAAGGUGCUAUUGAUGCAAAUGGAAAGCCAAUUUCAUCAACUUAUAUUAAAGAUUUGGUGGUUAAAAGGCUUGGAUAUGACACCAGAGUGACAGUAUUGGGUCAUGUUCAGAGAGGAGGGACUCCUUCAGCUUUUGACCGAAUUUUGAGCUGUAAGCUGGGCGUAGAGGCAGUAGUCGCCCUAAUGGAGGCUUCUCCGGACACUCCAGCCUGUGUUAUUGGCCUGUCCGGGAACCAUGCGGUCAGACUGCCUCUCAUGGAGUGUGUGGAAAUGACUAAACUUGUCCAGCAAGCUAUGAAUGAGAAAAGGUUUAAUGAAGCGGUCAAACUACGAGGAGGGAGCUUUGAAAACAACUGGAAUAUAUACAAACUUCUUGCAUUUCAAAAACCAGCCCAAACUAAGACUAAUAAUUCUUUAGCCAUAGUGAAUGUUGGGGCACCAGCUCCAGGGAUGAAUGCUGCUGUGAGGUCUGCUGUCAGGUUAGCCAUUUCCCAUGGCCACAAAGUCUAUGCAUUUCAUAAUGGAUUUCAAGGAUUGGCUGAUGACAAUUUGUUUGAGAUGGAGUGGUACACAGUUGCAGGAUGGACCGGCCAAGGAGGCUCCAGACUUGGGACAAAAAGAACCCUUCCAUCCAAAUGCAUGGAUAAGAUUGUCAAUACACUCAACAAGUACAGCAUUUCAGCGCUGCUUGUAAUCGGAGGCUUUGAGGGCUAUCACGGUGUGCUUGAGCUGUUUGAAGCCAGGGGUCAUUAUGAGGAACUGUGCAUCCCCAUGUGUGUCAUCCCAGCCACCAUCAGCAACAAUGUACCGGGAACAGACUUCAGUUUGGGAGUAGACACAGCUGUCAAUGCAGCCAUGGAGGGUUGUGACAAGAUCAAGCAGUCUGCGUCUGGCACUAAAAGGCGUGUGUUUGUGGUGGAGACUAUGGGAGGGUUUUGUGGAUAUCUGGCCACAUCCACUGGUCUGGCUGUGGGGGCGGAUGCGGUCUACAUUCAUGAAGACCCCUUCACCAUCCGUGAUCUAAAAACUAACGUUGAGCAUUUGGCUGAAAAGAUGAAGAAGGAUAUUCAGCGAGGAUUAGUGAUACGGAAUGAAAAUUGUCAUGAGCAUUACACAACCGACUUCAUUCAUAAGCUCUACACAGCAGAGGGGAAAGGCGUCUUCGACUGCAGAGUGAAUGUGCUUGGGCAUCUGCAACAGGGAGGCGCACCAUCCCCCUUUGACAGAAAUUUUGGCACUAAGAUGGGGGUAAAGGCUCUGCAGUGGAUUUCAGAGAAAUUGGCGGAUAACUGCAGACAGGGGCGUGUUUUUGCCAACGCUCCGAACACUGCAUGUGUCCUUGGACUAAACAGAAAAGUUGUUUCAUUUACUCCAGUUGCAGAAUUAAAGCCGUUAACAGAUUUUGAACACCGGGUGCCAAAGGACCAGUGGUGGUUAAACAUGAGACCAUUACUGAAGAUGUUGGCCAAGUAUCAAACCAGCUUCAGCGAAUACGUCCCUGGAUCCCUCAAACACGUGACGGAGAGAUCACUGAGCGUCGAUGCUGGUUUUUAG